UUGUUUGAUCAGGAUUCAGCUUGUAACUAUGAAAGGGUAGGUCAGCAUGCAUGGGAGUUUCAGUUCGUAAUUGGAUUGUUAAUUUUGUGAAUAAAACAGAAUUUAGAGUCUUCAGGUUAUGUCCUCCAGAGUUUUAGUGAGUUCCGCAAAAUAUAGGGCUCAGUAAGGUUAUCAUCUAUCACUGUCAGUACAUUAAGACAACGGCACCUGUUGGUGUGGCUAUUGUUAUAUGUGUAUAGUGAAGACUGCAAUUUUGAAUCUGGCGCUCAUUUCUGCGUCUUAUUCUCCUUUCAGGAGAAGUAUGGUCCAAAGGGGCAGAACAAGUCAUCUAAUGGUGCGCAGGGUAUGCCAGAUAAGCCAAAGCCAAAUGCCGAUAUUGAUAUCAAUGUUUGGCUGUCGACAUGGCCUCCGUGGUUCUGCAGUCUAUGCAAGACUACCACCACUAGCAAGCAAACUCUCUUACUACAUGCUGAUGGAAAGAAGCACAGGGCAAAAGCAAAAGCCUUUCACACUUCUCAGAAGCAAGCAAAUGGAACUGAACAAACUCCAGAUGAGAAGGAAACUGGUGGUGUGCCGACAAAGGAAUCUACACAAGUAAAUGGUGGGAAGGGUGCUGAUAGCGAGAGAGAUGAAAACAAAGAUGCUGGGAAAAGAAAGGGAAAUGAUGACACGACCACAGAGGAGCCAGAUAACGCGAAAAGACAAUUUAUUGAGUUCGAGCAUCGGAGAGGUGAUACAAUCUAAAAGUGGACAGCCAGAAAACAAAACAAAGAGUGAGCGUGCAACAGAUGAACUAGCCAGCAGUGCUGACCGUAAGAAUGUUGAUAAACAAAAAAUCAAGUGGAAGAAGAUUAUUACUAAAGCACUGAAGACGAACCCGGAUGGAGUUAUGAAGCUAAAAAAGCUACAAAAGCUAGUCAUUAAGGAACUUCAGGAAUGUGGUCCGACUGAAGAUAAGGAGGCCCUCCGUGCUACCUUGAUGGAUAAAAUAGAUUCCAGCUCCAGAUUUUCUGUUGAUGGCACAUUAGAUUGGUGGCAAAGAAUGAGGAAGAAUCUUGGACCGUGGUUUUCAGGCUCUUUUUGCCAUUAAUUAAUGAUCUUACUCUUAAGUGUCAAUUUUGUGAUGGCUUAUAGCCAAGUUUUGGUCUAUUGAAUGUAACGCAUGGAUCGUCUAUAUAUUCCAAAGAACUGACGACAAUAUAAGAAUUUGAUAUUUAUUUAUUUAUU